GUGCACAAAAUCUAUUAAAAAUUCAAAUGAGUCAAAGUAUCGUAUUCUUUUAGAUAAUUUCAUAGAGGAUGUAAUCACUGUAUUGAAUUACCCUAAGUGGCCGGCUGCUGAAAUGAUAGUUCGAAUAUUUAGCAAAAUUAUG